AUGAUGCGAUGUCUUCUUGCGCUUUCUUCUCUGUUGGCCCUGGCUUACAGUUUUGAUAUUGGUGUCAAGGUGACGGGUGGCCCCUCCAAGCAACCAGCCACACGAUGCUACAACUACGAAGAAAUUGAACGGGGAGAUGUUGUGGUCAUUCAUUUCAAUGUCAGCUAUCAUGAAACUUCGCCCUCUGGAAAUCCAGGAGAUUUCAUCACCUCAAGCUCAGAACACACAGCGAAUGGCGGCCCUUUUGCUGUUCCGGUUGGAGAUGUCAAUCACAAAGAUGGAUGGGAUUUGGCUUUGUUGGGUUACUGCGAAGGCGACUUUCUGACGUUGACGGUACCUCCCAAAUAUAUUCACGGGGAAAUCUUUGAAGGGAAGAAUGUACCAGGCGAUGCGAUACUAGAAAUUGACGUUCACGUGGAAGAUAUCCUUGUGGAUGACGGGGAAGGAGAGGAGGAAGAGUGGGACUACAUGUACGGUGAAGAAGAUUCUGACGAAGAUGAGGACUAUGAUGAAGACAUGGAAGAGGAACUGUAG